GUUAUCUCGGGGACGGUGCGCUGAACACGCCCAGGCUUGGAAGCGCUGCUACGACGAUUGUUCUUGCGGGUACCACGAAGAGUCUUCAUAACACCGUUGAGGUGCUGGCAAGAACAAGCUGCUGUGGCGGCAGCAUGACACUUGCCAUGCAGAACUGCGAGGAGAAGGAGGUGGCUGGUGGCCACCGUGCUGAGGACAUCAAUGGUGAUGGACUCCCUGAGGCUAAGCGCAUGCGCUUGGACGACAAUGAGCAGUACUUUGUGUGUGACUGCGACAUCCUGGGCACCAUUGAUAGUGUUGUGAGCGCACUUAAUGUUGAGCAGAUGUUCAAGGAGGACGUUUGGAAGGAGGAGGUCCGAAAAUUCUCCAAUGGCCUGUGCAACAUCGACAAACUAGAGCGUGACUUCAUUCACGUAGACAUUGCAUUCGACAAGAUGGAGCGCGACCUGCAGAAGUUAAAGGAAAAAAAAAGUCUUGAAGAAAAAGCAAUGUUGUCCCCUCCUGAACUUCACUUUUUUGAUGUGUUUGUCAAUGCUGACCGCAGCUUCAAGAAGCCAGACGCCACGUCUCCCAGGAGGCCAGCUCCAUCUUUGACAACUCAUUCGCCAAGGAAUUCUGCUACCACAUCUAGGACUCCCACUAGUUCGGAUGAGAUAAUUUCUGUUGGUCCUGUUGGCAAGUACACACCAGCACCCCACAACCUACCUCCAGAGGGUCCAAUUGUUCGCAAGGAACUGGAUAUCUCAUCGAAGGUCCUGGCCACGCGCAAUUUUCCACUUGGAGUCUUUUACAAGGCACGCAUCAUCCAGAUUCAGGACACCAAAGAAGCCGGCUCUGAGCCGACAUAUCGGGUGAAGUUUGAAACCCGCAAGGCAAAUGCGAGUGCACGUGCCCUCAAGUGGUACCCUAGGCGAGAAAUGGCAUACGCCGAGCGAGCCGCUGUCAUUCUGCCUGUGGGAACGCGAGUGGUGGCCACUUACUCUGAUGAAUCAGUGCCUCCUCGGCAGUCUUUGUAUGCAGGACUGAUUGCAGAGCCGCCGAAACCUUUGAACCGGUACCGGUACCUUGUGUUCUUCGACGAUGGCUACGCACAGUACGUGGAUAUCGACAAGGUUUUUGUAAUGUGUGGUUCCUCUCGGGACGUGUGGGAGGACAUGUACCGCGAUGUGCGCGACUUUGUGCGUAGCUACCUCGAGAAGUACCCAGAGAGACCGAUGCUCCGGCUGCGCAAGGGCCAGACGGUCAAGACUGAGUGGAAUGGCAGCUGGUGGAUGGCGCGAGUGCUCACGGUGGAUUCCAGUUUGGUUAAGAUGUCGUUCGAGGCAGAUAACCGCACUGAAUGGAUCUACCGUGGCUCAACAAGGUUUGCGCCUCUCUACACAGCGCUCAACCAGCCAGUGCAGAACACUGCUGCCGCAGGGGGCCGCGUGCGCCGCCACAACCUUGUUCCAGUCGCAAACAAGCAGCACCGACCGUUCGUCCAGUGGAGUACGCUGGAGGAUGAGCCAGCUAAGAGCGGCGGCAAUGACAGCGGAGAGGACUCGUCCAAGAAGGUGUCGGCGCGCAAUGUUGCGCGCAAGUCAACUACCCAUGACCGCAAGGUCGGUGAGGAGGACGAUGCCGUGAGGAAUGCAUUCGGUGUUCUCUUGUCUCAGGCUGGCACGCGAGAGUUACGCCUACCGAAUGCCAAGGAUGGUGCCGUGUACAAGCCCAAAUUGUACAAAACACACCAGUGUGCACCGGGUUGCCUGAAGGAAGAUGAUCCGGAAGCCUACCUAGGAAAGAAUCCCUUCUCCAUCCCAUGCUUGCUUGGCUGGCAAAGGCAAAUCGUGAAGCAGAGCAAGAAAAGCAAGCGGAGAGUUGCCUACGUUGCACCCUGCGGGAGGCGGUUAAGGGACAUCACUGAAGUUGCUCACUACUUGAACCUGUGCAAGUCCCUCCUCACUGUUGAUCUCUUCUGCUUUGACAGCCUUGUCAAUGUUUUUUGUGAAUUUGUGCCUGAGACAGUGAGGACCUAUGUUGAAGACAUCACCUAUGGCAAGGAGCAGGUGCCUGUGACGAGUGUAAAUAGUGUUGAUGAUGUGUAUCCUACAUUUGUUGAGUAUUCGUCUAAACGAUACCCUGGGAAAGGCGUGCAGCUCAACUUGGACCCCAAUUUCCUUUGUGGCUGUGACUGCGAAGAUGACUGCCAGGACCGGGAGAAAUGCAGCUGCCAGCAGCUCACCGUUGCAGCGACUGAGGCUCUGCCAAGUGGCAGGAACCCAACUGCGGGCUACCACUACCGCCGGCUGCAGGAGCCACUAAUUACUGGCGUGUAUGAGUGCAACUCGCAGUGCCACUGCUCACGCCGCUGCUACAACCGCGUGGUGCAGAAUGGCCUGCGCGCCCGUCUGCAAAUCUUCAAGACGGAGAAGCGUGGCUGGGGCAUCCGGUGCCUCGAUGACUUGCCCCAGGGAAGCUUCAUCUGUGUCUAUUCCGGCCAGCUACUGAAUGAGCAGGCCGCCAACGAGGAUGGCAACCAGUAUGGAGAUGAGUACCUGGCUGAACUAGACCACAUUGAAGUUGUGGAAAAGCAGAAGGAGGGCUACGAAAGCGAUGUCGUCCCAGCUUCAGAUGAUGACUCCGACAAGAGUGUAGAUGAGGAAGAGGCCCUUGAAGGCUUAUCUGAUUCUGACUACGACUCUGGUGGUGCUGACAUUCCUAGGAAACGAAGUACAAGGGUACGAAAGCAGAGGGUGCCACCGCUGGCUGAGGACUCCUCUGACAGCAAGGCGAAUGAUGAUGAAGACAGCACAAGUAAUGAUGAAGCGCAGAAAGUUAAUGGCACCGAGAAAGAGGAGGAUGCAAAGAGAAAAACAAGUCGGCAAAACUCACCUGAGAAGUCUGGAGAUGACGAGUCAAGUGACUCGAAGAGCACAGAAGACAAGCCAUCUGAUGCAGCAGGUGAGGAAAGUCAGUCCAGCACAAAGUCUGAAAACGGAAAGCCUACAAAGAAGCAAAAGAAACAGACAGGCAACAAAGGCGUCAUUGCCAAGCCUACUGCGGGACCUCUAGACGGCCCUAGCAGCGGGGGAGAUUCUCAGCCUCCAAAACUCCCAUCAACACGUAGCUUUUUCAAUGAGGAGUUCUGCUACAUCAUGGAUGCAAAGAACUGUGGCAACAUAGGCCGCUACCUAAACCAUAGCUGCUCCCCAAACGUCUAUGUCCAGAAUGUGUUUGUUGACACCCAUGACUUGAGGUUCCCCUGGGUUGCAUUCUUUGCUGCCAGGUACAUCAGAGCUGGUGUGGAACUUACCUGGGACUACAACUAUGAUGUUGGAAGUGUGCCUGAACGUGUGAUGUACUGCCAGUGUGGGUCAGACGAAUGCCGAGGACGGUUGAUAUGAGCCAAGUGUUCACACAAACUGCCGGCGACCUAUGUGAAAAGACAGCAGUGUGGCCGCCGGUGUUCUGGUGCGUGUGUGUGGGUGUGUGUGUGUGUGGGUGGGUGCGUGUGUACAACACUACGUUUGCACAUGACUUUGUUGUUGUUUGCACCUCGUUCAACUGCCAUUAUGUUUCUUGUCCUGAGGCUUUCAUUCAUCAUUGUUAAGUGUAUUUGACUUUGAGUUCCAAGAAGGAAAUGUGUUGUACAUAAAUAAAUUCAACA